AUGAUCAGAAGCCACCCCUCCAAGGGCCAUCAGAAGACGGCUUCUCACUCGUCAAUUGAUCUGGCCCGUCAGUAUGAGCUUGAUAUCUCCAAAAUCAACAAAUAUCUGUUCAGGGAAACGGAUCAGUCUGGCCGUCGGGCUGAGAAGUACCUGGCACAUGUCCGUAUCAUUGAGGACUCGAAAUCCCAGUCUGAACGCCCACCCGACAACAGCCCCGCCCGUAAUAAGAAGGACCGUAUUUUGAUAUUGUCUGUGAGGUCAUCAGGCAGAAUUCGUUUGCACAAGGCAAGAGAGAACCCUGACUCCAGCGUCCAAAUCGGUAGAACUUGGGAUUUCGAGGAGCUCACUAAGAUUGAGCUCGAUCCAGAAGUUCCGACCGGUUUCAUUUUUGAGAUGGGCAAGAGGUACUAUUGGGAAACAAGUUAUCCCAAAGAAAGGAGAGUUUGGCUCACAUCUGUGCUGGAACAUUAUAUCAGGUACACCGGGGGUAAAAAACUUCCCCAGUUGGUGAAUUGCUCAGUCGACUAUUUCCAUUUGGAGCCUCUUCUUCAUAAAUAUGCCCAUAAGCUUCCGAGUCGCUCUGCAACAGCAGAGAGCUCAACAACAAUGACCAGUGGAACACGAACAGGGACUUCGGCCACUACAACGACUGCCCAUAGUUCGCCUCGAACACAUAUUUCAUCUCCCGUUCCAGUUCCAGGAGCCGGCUCUCCAUCGGGGCCAGGCAUCUACGGCAAAGGCGACAUGCGCUCAAGAGAAUUUCAAAGGACAACUUCCGCCCUCAAGGGUCUAGACAAAGAGCAGGAUCGCAAAGAGCAGGAGCGUAAGGAGCGAGAGAGAAAAGAGCAUGAGCUCAGAGAACGCGAGAGAAUCGAAAGGGAACACAGAGAACAGGAAACAAGAGCACAACAGUUAAGAGAACAGCAGCAAAAGGAACAACAACAGCGCGAGAUGGAACGCAUUGAGGCGGAAAAACGCGAGAAGGAACGUUUGGAGCGACAGAAGCAAGAGAUCGAGCUUCGUGAGCGACAACAACGGGAACAAAUGCUGGAGAAGGAAAGACUCGAGCAGUCUAGACGAGAGAUGGAAAAAGCACAAACUUUAAAUGCUUUGAAAAGCAACAGCGGAUCCACGUCAGCAAGGUCAGUUAAAUCUAUCGAGUUCAUAGGACAUCGCAAGUCGCACCAUGAAAUUGAGGAGCUGACGCAGGACGACGAGUACGAAGCUGUGCUUGACGACUAUGCCGAUGACGAACCGGAAACAGCGCCAUUGAACUUGAGCAUGAACACGUCUUUCCCAGAAAAACCGGAGAUUUCCAUCAAUUCGCUUAAAGUGCCCUCUCCAAUUCCUCAUAAUGUUGGCAAGGCUGAGAAGUUUGUGCUUGACUUUGAUAUCUCUGACGAAGAAGAAGAAAACACAACCAUGGAUUUGCUGAGGCCUCAUGCCAGAUCGAGGGCUUUCAGCAGGGUUGACACUGAAAAUCCAAAAGGCGGAGAUCUCACUGAGCUUUUUGAUGAGAUAGGAUGGGACCCCAAAGUGGACGACUCCAAGUCUUUGCAGAAGAAGCUGCUCAAGGAACUGGAAAGAAUACAGUUCAAGAGGAUUGAGUCAUUGACGGACGUAAUAGGCUCUACGUCGGCAGUCAAUCAAGCUAUUAACAGGUCGAUCAAGGAAUGCGAAUCCAUUGAUCCUAUCUUAGCCUUUUACGGAAUCCAACUGGCCUCUUUUCAGGAUGAGGUUGAUUACAUAGAGAAGCAAGGAAAAGGCGUGCAAGUUGAGACUACUAACAAAAAGCUUCUUAUGAAAGAGCUCAAUGAAAUUAUGCAUUCCGUGGACAUUUCAGACCAAGAACUGAGCCGCUUACUGAACGAGCGCAUUACUAUCGGUUCACAAAACGAGAGCAUUGAGGCUGCUUUGGGCAAUCUGUAUGCAGCGUUGAUGAAGAUCAGAGGUAACGAUUCCGAUGAUGAAGAAAUGGGUCAGAUGAGAGCUCUUGAAGAGAAAAAAUCCAAGUACGAGAGGGCUGCAACCAUGUUCGUGAGCGGCUUCAAAAAACAGUUGAGUCAGCUGCUCAAGGCCUCAGUGACUAGUCUGAAUUCAAGACUUCAGACCGAAAAGUCGUUGAAUGCCCUGCAUUCUGCUCUCGAGCGUAAACUUGCGGAGCUGAUGACGUUACAGGGCGUGAUGGCCUUUGUGAAACAAGUGUCGCCAGAAGACUACAAGCAGAUGCUAGCUGAGCAUAAGGAGGCUUAUUCACAAUUCUAUAUGAAUUUUGUUUCAGUCCUUGUUGAAAAGGUUGUUUCUGAAAAGCAAACUACCAAGGCUCCAUCUUUUUCGUUCAAUAGCGAGCCAAAAGAUACUAUUCUUGAAAUAUCCAAACGGACUAGGUCGGCGACUGGAUCCAAAAAGAUGUCGUCGAACACAAAAAUCUUGCAAGAGCUUGGUUUGGGAACGCCGUCUCAGGAGUCUAUCAGCAGUUCGCCAGAACCAAUGGAGAAAAAUGCCUUUUCGACGGUGCUUUUAGACCUGUUGAGGCUGUUCUUCAGUACGAUUAUUACACACCAACGCUUUGUGAUUCAAUUCUUCUCGCUGUCAUCUUCUGAAGAGUAUAACUUUGUUCAGAUGAUCAAAAAACCACUUGCCCUGCGUGUGCGCGACUUCACCGAGUCCAACGUUUCUCACAUGGAACCGGAUCGUGAUGUUAGUGACCAGACAUUCAACUUCAUGCAUACGAUUGUUGGAGAAUCGAUUCACAAACUGUUCAAGUUUGUGUCGAAGAUUGUCAAGGAGGACAUGCUUCAGUUCCCAGUAAUUUCAUUAUUUGCCGAAAAGCUCAUUGCCGAGCUUUCGUCGACAGGCCAAGAGUAUGUGGUUAACAUGCUGAGCCGAAUGGACUCAAAGCUUGUCCUCAUAUGGACCAGACAUAUUGACAACCAGCUGCAUAUUAUGGAGAAGGAGCCUGUUGGCUUCAAGGUUUACAAAUUCACUAAGGCGUUCCCUGAAUUCUUCCGUCGUGUUGAAGAUGUGAUGGCAUUGAACGGAGCUGUUAAUGUCUAUGAAUACGCCAUUAAGCAGCAGCUGGACAGCGACUACAACAAACUAUGGGAAGCGCUCAACACUUGUCUCCAUAGAAAUGCUCAAGUCACUGGACAACAGGAUAUUCUUCUGGCCAGAACAGCUAGCGAGAAUACCCGGCUGGAACUCACCAAAACAAUCCCAUCUGCAGUUGAAACGGUAGCAGGCCACUUGGUUCUGCUACUCAACUACAAAUGGCUAAGUGAGGAAGUCAAGAACUUGGCUACUUUGCCUCCUGCCAUUAGAACAAAGAUUGAGGAGUUGAAAUCGAGCGAGCUCAACGAAUUCUGUGACUCUUAUGCUAAAACCACUGCAAUCGGAGAGCUCAUGUCGGUGCUAGACGGAAUCGAUGGUCUGAUCAAGUCUCACACGAAUCCAUCACGAACAAACGCGUACUCCACUGCCAAUAUGAGCAAGCUGCUGAGCAAAUUCGAAUCAUCCAAGUUGAAGACGUAUAUAAAGCAGCUAUCUACAGAGCUUUCGUCGCAGAUCAUGGGCAAGAUGACGUGUGGGGAGGAAAGCGAGAUCAGCAGAAAGGUUGCCCAGGAGUUGGAGAAAGACCUUUUCAACAACUGCCUGAACUCACUAAGCAUUAUCUACAACGUCAGUUUUUCGAAGCUGAACCAAGUUCUCAAAGAUUACUACGAGUCGCUCUCUAGUCCGGUCGACAAAAUCGUUAUCAACUAUAAUUUCAGCAAGGAGUAUCUUUGA